CAGGGCAUUCCACCCAUAGUCCACGUCCUCUCCGUGCAAGAAAACGAGGUGCUCGUGAAGGCGUCAACCAUUCCGGGUUAGGUUGGGUUCAGACGGAUGCUUGUCACGACAAACGAAGAACCCAAUCACGCUGGACGCCGCGAGGACGGUCAUGGCUGCAUGCCCGCGACGUUUUCUUCGCUGAAGAAUGUCGGACUAUAUCCUUAGGCUGCGACGAAAGUAUUGAUGUGUCUCCCCCUCUGGCAACGGCUGCAUGGCGUCCUACAACUACCACCCCCCCGCGCCUCCCAAUCUCUGUCAUUUUUGACGAGAUCAUCCAAAUCUUGCGUGACAGUCGCGACAAGACAAUCACUCGGCCGAAACCAACCAGCCUCCGCUGAGUUCACUGUCAGAGUCCUCCUCGCCACUCUGAAGGUUGACUGUAACCACCAACCCUUGUCACUCAAGAGUCGUUAAAUAAUUCAGAAGCAGACGGUCCCCAUGUAUUCCGGCAAAAGCCACCGUCGCCAUGAACACGGGAGGAAGAGCGACAAGAGGGAUAGCCAAAAAGACCACAAAAACAGUAAUACAGCUGGCAGCGCCAAGCCCGAGAAACCAUCUUCAUCAUCAUCAUCAUCUACUACUCCUCCCCUCAGCUUUCUUUUUGUUGUCAACGAGCUCGAUGUUAUCGACGAAGGCCACGGCCGCGGUCCCUUCGUCGAUAGAUUCGGCAGCCCCCUCCCGCCUGAGGGCAUCGAAUGCUACGGAGAUGAGACCGUCGGGGCCGUGUGGCGAUACCAGAACGGGACCGUCACCGCGGCGCCCGAAUUCUUUUGGAACCGGCCCCAGCGGGGCGAGCCCGGCGACAUCGCAACCUUCCAUCACGCCUUCGACGACAUGGACCAGCCCGUAUCCUACUACCAACCCAUGGUGACGUACUCGACGCACAGCGUCUUCAACUGCUGGCGUUUCCUCCCCUGCAUCUGGACCAGCACCGAUAUCUCGACGGUCGCGUCGAUCGACUUCAACAUCGACCAAAAGUGGUCGCCGCUGGAGUUCCGACACGACCCCCACGAGCCCGGCCGCACCCGCAUCCUGGGCCCGGAACGGUUCGUCGCCGGCAGGGAUCCGUCGUGGGUUCCGCACCUCCUGCCGAGCACGUACGCGGCGCCCCAGUCGGCGCCGCCUUCCAGGGGUCUCGGCGGGCCUUUUGGGAUCGUGAUCGGCCUCCUCGGGCUGGCCAGGAGGCCCGGCCAUGCGGACGACGCCUUCCGGGACGGGCUUUGGAGCCACGGUCGCCUGGCAGGCAGCCGCUCAGGGCGUGCGGAACCUGACGCAAAAGGUCCUCCGCGAGGGGUCAUGGUCCGCAUCUGCUAUGACUGUGACAACCUGUCCGGAUCGACGUAUGAUGCCAUUUCUUCCUUUGAACAGAGAGGCGUAGCGAUUACUGGUUGAGCAGGCGCCUCUCAUUCUUCCUUGUCUAGGCACUUGAUGUUUGGAUAGUUAUAAUUUUUGAGUGGACCUAUCUCUGUCCCGGGGUUUCACUUUUCAAUCCAAUGCGAAGUAGAUUUAGACAGUGAGAUAAUGGAAUUGAAAUGAACAGGCAGAUACCCUUAGGAACGUUGGUCAUCGAUGGCUCAAUAU